AUGCCAAGAAAUCGUCAAAGGACCACCGCUAAAGUGGCUUGGACAGAAGAAGACCUUCAAUCUGCUAAAACUGCGAUUGAAGGAGGUUUGUCCAAAAGAAAAGCCGCAAAAUCUUACAUACCAUUUACUACUUUGAGAGAUCGACUAAAAAAUAAAAACAUGAGCAACCCAAGACUAGGACGCAAGCCCGUUUUCACUUAA